AAGAGCAGGCACCUGGCCACGCACCUGGCCACACACCUGUCCGGAGCCCGCCGCCCCCCUUCUCGACACAAGAAUGGCGGGCUCCCAGCUGCCGCCGGCACUUCUAUUGCUGGCUCUGGUGCUACUGCUGCUGCUGAAACCUGGUUCCGGAAAUUCCACGGUCACCUCUAUAGGGGUUACAACCUCAGAGAUGGAGAACUUGACUUCCAAACCUCCGCCUUCUCCCUCCAGCCACAGCUCCCUUAGUUCAGUGGAAAACCACACCAGCCAAGAGAGCCCAAAGACAGAUUUCACCCCGCAUCCUAGCACCCCCAGUUCAGAGGAACAUCCCACAACCAUCCACAGCCUCUCAAAUUCAGAGGCAACCUCCACCAUCCAGCCCACCGCCUCACAACCAGAGACAGUCACCCACCCCAGCUCCGGCUCCCCCAGUUCAGAGCACACCCUCACCUCCCACUCCAGCCCCCUGAGUUCCAUCUCCUUGACCACCCUGCAUCAGAGCCCCACUCACCCCAACCCCAGCACAGUGCCUUCCUCUGUGUCCUCGGCCACCAUUAAUGGGAUAUCUGUGUCCUCUGGCCUUGGUGACACCAGGGCCCCUGAGUUGCACAGGAAUCCAGGUGUGGUGGUGGCCGUGUGUCUGCUGGUAUCUGUUUUGCUCAUCGGAUGUGUGAUAAUGGCCGUGAGGCGCUGCCACAAAGGCGUGUCUGAGUUCCAGAAGCUGGAUGAGGAGCUUGUGAGCCGAAGGUCAUCUUCUGCCCAUCACACACUGGAGUAAUCCUCAAGAGGCUGAUGGCUGUGGGGUGGGGGCUUGGAUGGGGCUGGGGUGUCUGGAGAGGGGCAAGGCUGCAGAAAUAAAGCCCCUGCUAUU